CCGCGCGCCACCCGCCCCCCUCCUCCCCUCCGCCUCCGCCGCCACCGCCGCGGAUGGAGCUCGUCGCGGCGGGUUGCCAGACGGCGGCGCCGUUCGCGCUCUGCCCGGGCCAGCAUCUGCUCGCCGUCGGGAUGGCGGCGCAGGGCCGCGGUGACGCCGGGAGACGGGCGUCGCGGGUGGACGUACUGCGCCUUCUUCGGCCCAACGGCGAGCACCACCUCGGAGGUCCGCUGAAGGUGGACUGCGUGCUCGGAGCUCCAGGCCUGCGCAGGCUGGCGUGGUCCACGACACCGACGGGUUACCAGCCUGACUUCGCGCUCCCAGAUGAGGUGCUAUACCAGGCCGGCCUCCUCGCCGGUGGAUUCGAGGACGGCACAGUGCGCAUAUGGGACCCUAAACCCGCGCUGCGCUGGGAUUUGGGUGAGGGAGUUCCAGAGAAGCCUAAGGCUGUAUGGAGGUUGGACGACGAUCCUAAAAAUGCGCUUACUCUGGAAGCACAAAUCCCCGCAACAGUUGCAGAUAUGCAUGCCAAAGUAAGAGAAAUGAAAUGGGCAUCGUAUUACGAUCACGACUCGAGAGGUAUGAACAGGGCCGGUGUCGGUGUCAAAACCGGCGGAUCUUGGGUAGGGGGUCCCGAACUGUGCGUCUAGGACGAAUGGUAACAGGAGGCAAGGGACAUGAAGUUUUACUCAGGUUCGGGCCCUCUUGAUGGAGAUCGGCUGAUCGGGGCAUCCGGCGACUGCGAAUCUGCGACAGCUGCCACCGGCGGAUGCUGGCACAUAGGGUGCGUUGGCAAAGAAUAGCAGGGGACAAAGAGUUCCAUCAUCUGUUGCUGCCGACUUGGUCGUGAGGACCUGGACUUGUUGUAAUCUUGUUUCCUUGAUGAUUGAUGGAUAGCUGAAGCAUGAAGAACACGGAUUGUCACUGAUUUACUGCAACCUUCAGCCUUCAGGUGCCUUCACUCCUUUUCUUGCAAACAUGCUGUCCAAAAAAGACGAAAAGAACAGAUAAUUCCAUUGGAUUGUAGAAGGGAGCUAUGCAUAAAUAUAUUGUAAGGAAUGAAUCUACUGAUAAUCUUGAGGAAUUAGAUGGCGCUGGUGCUGAAGAACUACAACCUGCUGAGAAUGAGACCACUGUUUCUGGAGCCGUUUCUCAUGAUUACUGAAGGCUUGGAGCUUGGUUAGAAGAUGAUAUUGUCUCCAAAGAUCCAGAACUGUAUCUGUAUCCCGAGGAGGGUGAGAUGGAGCUAGUCGCGAAGUGCAAGAUUUUCCAAGGCCCAGUUUUGGGGUUAUCUUCCAAUGAUCUGCAUCCGUAUUGGAUUGCUACUGCUGCUCCAGGUGAGAGCAUCUGUGUCCACGAUAUAAGCUAUCCAACUGAGCUGUGCAAGUUGACAUGUGAGCUUAACGAUUUCGGAUCAGUGAAAGAGGAGAAGGUGCAGAUGACAUCCCUAAAAUGGAAUAAGAUAUACCCUACAGCCCUGGCUGCCACGAGCAGCAAAGGCACCACAAGUAAUCUCUAUGUGUGUGUGUGUGUGUGUGUGUGUGUGUGUGUGUGUGUGUGUUCCUAUCGCAUGAAUUAUUUCACAGAGGUCUGGGAUCUCAGAGCUGCAAAGCUGAUGACAGCAUUCGGCAAUACAAAAGUCAAGAGCCUCUCAGAUCUGGAGUUCAGCUGGAAUAAUCCCAUGCACUUGGCCGUUUCAACCGCAAACAAUGGUACUUCAGCAGCUGUGACGGUUUGGGAUAUGAGAUUCAGCCGCACGCCCUAUCAUGAGUACAGCACCGGUACCUCAGGUGUAAACUGUCUCUCUUGGAAUCGGUCUGGCCAACUUCUUGCGUCUCAUACCGACGGUACGAUAAGCUGCUGUGAUGUAUACAGCAAGGAGAUGAUACAGGGGUUGACUAGGGCUUGGCAUGGUGAUCUGGGUGUCACUUGGACACACUCUGAGAAUGCAUUUGCCACACUGUCCUCAAAGUAUGGAGUCAGGCUGCAUGAGAUGAGUGACCAGAGGAUUUACCCGUGAACCUGUGAUGACAUGACUGAAUAGUGAUUGCUGGUGGAGAAGGAGAUGCUUCAAAAGCCGAGCUAAUGGAUACUGGAGAUUGAGAAAGAGAGAGAGAGAGAGUCGACAACCUUACGAUGUAGGAUGUAGAAAAUACUAACAAUACCAUGCAUUUGUUCGAUGCAAUUCUGUUCGAGGCAACUUAACACGCUUUCUUCCGCAUGUCCCACAAGGAGAUAGGAAAAGGAGAUGGGGGCUCACGUGUACAGCCCUUGAUUUACUGGUUUUCGAUACCUGUAUAUGCAAGUGAGAUAGAUUUACAAGUUUGAUUGAUUGAUUGAUUAAUCAGUUCCGCAUUGGUUC